CAUACCCAUUCUAUACUAUAUACUCAUCCCAAUCAAUUAUCCAUCCCCCCUGAAAGGGUACCCUUUAUUUUAGAGGGCAAUCAUCAUACGGAGUAUAAUAUUAUAUACUGAAUUGCCCCAAUCCUUCUUCUUUUCUUUUUUUCUCUCUGCCAAAAAAAAAAAAGAAUCAGCUUGUCCUAACUUUCAAACAAUUUGACAACCACAACCACAUUCAUCCCCCCUUAUUUAGCUUCUUCAAUUCCCCCUCAAACAAUAUAUAUAAUAAUAAUAAUCAUCCCAUAUGGCCAUAUAUAUAUAAAUUUAUUUCCUUGGGCUUAGGAAUAUAAUAUAAUGAUUCUUGCAGCAAGCAGAGGCGCCCAAGAAAAUUACUACUUUUUGAAUAGCCUGCCGGACCACCGCCUCAUCAAGAACGCCACCUACGGCGCGGCGGCAGCAGCCAACAUGAAGGUGGUUUCCAAGAAAGCUCCGCCGCCGUCGCAGUCGCCGGCGGCUCACCAGAGGAAGAUCGGGAAGAGGACGGCGCUCUUCUCCCAGCUGAGCUACUUCGGCCCGGAGUCUCUGUUCCUGCUGCUCUGCCUCACGGCGUCGCUGCUGCUUCUGCCGCUGGUGCUGCCGCCGUUGCCGCCGCCGCCGCUGAUGCUCCUGUUCGUCCCGAUCUGUAUUCUCGCCGUUCUAAUGAUUCUGGCUUUCAUGCCCUGUAAUGUCCGGGACGUUAGGUAUCCACGUGUGUAAAUUCGCGGUCGUCCCGGCCUGAGACAGAUCGUAAUUAAACCCCUUAAUUAAUUAGUUUCGAUUUCCUGUUUUUUUUUUAAAAAAAAAUUCUGUUUUGUUUUAGAUCUUUUGAAUGAUAUAUAUAAAUAUGUAUAAACUUGAUCUCUCAAUUUAAGCCGCCAUGAAUUCGAUCGUUCUAAGCUAAACUCUUGUGAAUUUAUUUUUGAAGAAUUUUUAAAAGGUCUCAUAUUAAAGGGUUAAAAUGUUG